AUGUCCAAAGCUAACAAGGAAACUAUGUUCUAUGUGAACACCUUAGCUGGGGGAUCACUGAGCGUGUUCGGAAUCCUUGGUAACAUUCUGGUUGUAACCGUGUUAACUCUAGACAAGCCAGUUACGUCCACCUCCAUAAUGCUACGGGGACUUGCGAUAUCCGACACUCUUUUCUUAGUAACCACAUUCCUUUAUAAACCCAUGCUUGGUAUAUACGUCCAUCUUGGAGAGGCCGAAUUUUACGCCAAAUAUACCUAUACAUGCCUGAUACAGUAUCUUAGACCAAUUAUGUAUAGCUUACAGCAUAUAAGCACAUGGAUCGUGGUCGCCGUAGCCGUGGACCGAUAUUUCGCUGUGUGUCGCCCACUGCAGAACCUUAGCCGGCGCUAUGCCAAUCGCAUACGCCCCUGUCUCACUUUGUUGGCCGUCUACCUUGGCUGUUUUAUUUUUAACAUUCCGCGCUUCUUUGAAUAUGAAACAACGGUGAUACAAUACAAGAACAGAACCAUGUGCAGUCCCAAGGAAAAUCAAAGUGUCAGACAGAACAAAUUUUUCAUCAUCUUUUAUUGCUGGAUUUUAUAUUUUCUGAUAAUGUACAUAAUCCCCAUAGUUACAGUGACUGUCAUUAAUGUGAAGCUGAUCCUGUCACUACGUCAGGCACGUAAGCAGAGAGCAAAUUUGAGGGGACACGCACCGCACGCGGAACGCGAGGAAAACACCACCCGCUUGCUUAUCAUUGUGGUCCUGGUAUUCAUUGGGUGUCAGACACCAGAUUUUGUAUUGCAAGUAAUAUAUUUUAUCAACGUUAUCAAUCCGUUGAACAUUAAGUCGGCUCUUGGGGUGUUCAGCAAAGUUACAGACACGUUGCUCACGUUUAACGCAGCGGUGAACUUUCUCAUCUACUGUGCAAUAGGAACAAAUUUCCGGAAAACUCUUACGGAUCUUCUGAUGUGUAAGAUUAAGACAAGAAAGCGCAAACCGCAUUUUUUAUUAAAGAAUAAACUUUCAUCUAAAGAAUCCACCGUCAGUACCACCUGGCCAAGCUCCCCCACCUGCCACAUGCCGUCAUCAAGAAAGAGCAGUAACAACACUAGCAAAGAUGUCUCUGAAGUCUACGUACAAAACCGAUCGAAGUGAAAAACUGUAGGAGAAGUGACGAAAUGUUGGAGAAUGGAUGAAAAAAGUUAAACGAGAAAAGUGCGAGUUGAUGGUGCAGUUGGUGAAAGAAUAAUUUAUUAAAAUUAU